AUGACUGCCCGAGUGUCGGGGGGCCCCAAAAGGGCCCCCAAGCGGGCAGCCCAUUGGGGGGCCCCCCGCGAUGACGAAGGUAGUACCCAGGGGAGCAGCGAUGAGGAAAUAACAUCAAGCAGCAGCAGCGGGGAGGAAGAAACAAAGAAGAGAGGGAGCAAAAGACUUCAGCUGGAUGAGGGUUUGCUGCAGCGUGUCCGUAAAGUGCAGCAGCAGCAGCAGCAAUUGCAGCAGCAGCAGCAGAAAAAGGGGCAGCGGUUGCUGCUGUUAGGAACAAAAGAAAGCAAAGAUCAGCGUGAGCAGCAGAAGAAGAAGGCAGAGCAGCUGCUGCUGCAGCGCCAACUGCAUGCAAAGUUAAUUGGCCUCCGUGUUACCGAGAACACAGCCCUGCGCCUUGCUAACAGAUUCCCUGCAGCAGAUGUGCUGCAGCUGCUGCUGCAGCAGCAGGAGGAGACAGAAGCAGCAAUUACUUCUGUAAGGAAGGAAGCAGCACGUACCUUCGUGCUGCUGCGUCAGCUGCAGCAGCUAAUGAAGGAUAGCCGUUUUUCUGUUUUUAAUCAGCCAGUGUCUGUACAGUUGAAGAAUGCAAUGGAGAGCGAAGAGGAGAAGUUGCUGCGACGGGCAAUAUCUAUCUGUGGCUAUUGCAGCAGCAGCAGCAGCAGCAGCAGCAGCAGGGAGAGUACAGCAGGAGUUAAUGAACAAGGGGAAAAAGAGGGGGAAAUAGGAGAAAAAGGAGAAGAAAACAAUAAAAAAGAGGCAGAAAUUGCAACAAAAAAAAAUUCAUGUUCAGUUAUUGCAUGCGCAGAGUUGACGAAAGCAAAGAAAGAAUCACAACAUGAAAUAUUUGAUGAUACUGACUUUUAUGUUGAGCUACUUAAGGCUUCUGUAGCAGCAGGAGAAGGACAAGUUGGCUCCUCAACGCUGACGCGGGAAACAGCGUUACUAACAGCCAAAAGAAAGGCAGCAGCCAAGACUGUCGAUCGGCGCGCCUCUAAAGGCCGCAAAAUUCGUUACAAGCCAAUCCCUCAGCUGGAGAGUUUUGUGUCAGCCAUCCCUUGGGUACCCAACACAGAUGUGUUGCCGGGAGCAGACGAUCCCUUGGUAGUCGAGGGUCUAAUGACCAACCUCUUCGCCGGCUCCUAA